CCACCAUGCCCAACCUCAAUUUAACUCCUUAUAAAGAAAUGUAAUUCAAAGCCAGGAACACUGGUGCAUGCAUUACUUUAUCAAUAGAUUUUAAACAAAAAUAUGUACUUAACAAACACUCAAAGAGAUCAAGAGCCAUGCAGCUAAUGUUCAGUACCAAUUAUUGCUUAACUCUAAUUAUUACUUAACUCAAAGUUUCUUCCUAAGACUUCAUACAUCUGGGAAAAAUUAUUCCUGAGAAAUCUUUGUGUUACUCAACAUGAUGGGGUAAGUCAUCAAUUUUAGUCUAAAAGAUGGAAGUCACGGGACUCUAGAGCACACCUGUCAGCUCUCUGUGAAAAAGGAGUAUUUAAUGCAAAAGAAAGAGAAUAAAAAAGAAUGCCAAGCAUUCAAUGCCACUUGAGUCCAUUCUCCUAUUCACACUAGAAUUUAGAUUCAACCUACUGUGUACCAGAUGGUUUCAUUAUCGAAAGACAACAGGAACCCAGAGUUUGGUUAGUUGACUUUUCUGGCCUAGGUCUACUUUUUUUGACCAUUUUUUUUUUUUUUUUAAAGAUGGGGUUUCACCUUUGGUGGAAAACUUCAGGGCUGAACGUUGAGUAGGUGCUGCCUCUAAAGAGAGCAAUCACUACACUUAUGGCUGGGAUUUUGCGCUUAGUUGCUCAGAGGCCCCCAGGCAGACUACAGACAGUGACAAAAGGUGUGGAGUCUCUUAUUUGUACAGAUUGGAUUCGUCACAAAUUCACCAAAUCAAGAAUACCAGAUAAAGUAUUUCAGGCCUCACCUGAAGAUCAUGAAAAAUAUGGUGGGGAUCCACAGGACCCUCAUAAACGGCAUAUUGUUACCAGAAUAAAAAGUACAAGAAGACAUCCAUAUUGGGAAAAAGAUAUAAUAAAGAUGCUUAAAUUAGAAAAAGCACAUACCCCUCAAGUUCACAAGAAUAUCCCUUCAGUGAAUGCAAAAUUGAAAGUGGUUAAGCAUUUGAUAAGAAUCAAGCCCUUGAAGUUGCCACAAGGACUUUCAACAGAGGAGAACAUGUCUAACAACACAUGCCUCAAAAGCACUGGGGUAUUAGUAGUGCAGUGGCAUCUGAAACCUGUGGAGCAGAAAGCAGAUGAGGCCUAGUGCCUGGGCAGCUUCCAAUUGUAAAAUCCAAAUUGUUUUUAUUUAAAGAUAGUGAGAAAGUGUUUUCAUUAAAAUAUGUUUUAAAAACGAAAAAAAAAAAAAAAAAAAA